UAUCAUUUUGGCAUUACUCAAUGCCAUGGGUCAAAAGUGAUACCGCACGCAUAUUAAUUUAGUUCUUAUCUUUGAGAUUCAAUAUUUAGGCUUUUGCAUCUGCCUGGACGUGACGUACAGUGGCGAUGGAUCUAUCUUAAAUAUGGGCUCGAGAUUAGUGUUCAAAUGUGUUCUUUGCUUUUUCUGUUAGUAUCACAGCAACAAGUGCUGGUUACUACUUUCCACAUUAAGUUAUUCCGACUUCCAAGGCCGUAACCCGUUUUUGUUCAAGGAUGAGAGAGGUACAAAUCAUCAAUCGAGUGUCCGGAUCUGGGACCUUUGACCAAUCGGUGACAGUGCCAUAUGACAAUGACGACUCUGUUUCGGAUAUCAUCGGCCGUGUGUGUUUGGUUCUCUUUCUCGACUUUGACCCAAGGAUGUUCUUGGUCACGGAUACCGGGGUUGAAACGGCAGGCGAGGAUCAAGCCCAUGAGUACUUUCGCCAUGGAAUGCACUUGAAUCUUCGAAGCCGAACCGUGACCAAACAGAGAUGGGCAGGCGUGAUUGUGGCCUUGAUUGUAGGCAUACUGAGUGUGAUUCUCACAAUCACUCUCUUCUCGGUCAAGCACACCCCUAAGAUUGUGGAAGCAGUUGUUAUAGACGCGGGUUCAAGUCACACCUCGGCCUUGUUAUACCAUUGGAGUUCAGAUCUGAUUAGCGGCACUGGUUUGGUACAGGAAAUGGAAGAGAUCUAUUUGGACACGCCUGUGACGUCAUUUGCCGGGGACCCUGGUAAUUUGACCACUUUUAUGCAGGAUUUAAUCAACGACAUGAAAGAUUGGGAUUCAACUUCAAGUGACAUUCCUAUCUACGUCGGAGCCACGGCUGGAAUGAGAAUACUACAAGAAUCAGAGCCAGAACAGGUAGAUGAGAUCCUGGAGGUGAUUGAACGUGUAAUCAAGAACAGUCGUUUUGAAGUGGGCGAUGUGGAAAUCCUGUCAGGAUCGGACGAAAGUCUCUUCAGUUGGUUGUCCGUGAACGUUUUGUCCGGGACCAUUCUUGGCUCUCCCAAGGGAUUGUCUGGAAAUGAACAAAUUGAAACAGCUGGUGCAUUGGAUAUGGGCGGUGGAUCUCUGGAAGUGGCUUUUAAUUGUGUGGAUGGUUGUGAUCAAACAGAGGCUUUAGGUGCUUUCAACCAAAACUUUACGAUCUGGUCUUCAAAGUCAAGUUGUUACGGUUUGAAAGAGGCUAUGGGUCGAUUUAUGGCUUCGGCUAUCUUUCAAGCUUUUCAGGGCACUGAUAACUUGACUGAUUCCCUCAUUCCAAACCCAUGCGUAAAUAAACAUUUCAACCAACUCAAGGAUACGUGGUUGUCGGAUUUUCCCACCGAAAAAUCUGAUAUUUUUGCCAACAAUUGCACACACAUACUUGAUCCAGAAUUUUUGAACUGGCUCGACUCGAUGCCCGAUGAUUUUGAGUUCCACUUCGAUGAUUCUUACGACGAGAUGAAGUGCGACCAAAUCUUGGAACCUUUUACCAACUUCACCACAUGCCAGGAAAUAUUUGGACAGGAUUGCCUCAACCCAAUGGAGUUUUUGAUGCCAAACGAUAUUUUUUAUGGGAUUUCAUCAUUCUACUACAACUUCAGAUCGCCAUUAAAUCUUGAAGAAUCGUCGGAUUACGAUACAGUCAUGAACAAAAUCAAAGCGGUGUGCCAAGACCCUCAAAGCUGUGACACGUGCUCAAAGACAGAUUGUUUUGAAGUGUCGUACAUUUUUAAAGUGCUGACAGAUGGGCUCAGUUUUAACGAGGAUAAUUUUGGCAAUCUCAAAUUCGUGGAUCAAAUUGAAGGAAGUCAGGUUUCAUGGACUCUUGGUUAUGCGACCGUGCGUUCCCAAGAAAUUGGCGUUCCGCAAGGCGAGGGUCUAAUUUCCACGUCAAUAUUUGCCAUCUGGUUGGGUUUUGGCGUGGCCUUAACCUUGUUGGGAUGUUUGGGCCUUUAUGUGUUUCAACGGAAAAUGAGGAACCUGACAUUGAACAAAACGGCUAAGGAAGGGAUUUUAAACUAAGCCUCUUAGAGUAUGAAGAAUGUCUACUAAUGCGUAGAACCCAACAAAUAACUCAGUCAUAUUUGUCAAAAAUUAUUGUGAUGAAUUCCAUCUUGAUUGCAUGUUCUUGUAUUUUUCCGUUCAUAACAUGUAUUUUUAAUAACCUCUAACUGUCCUUUUCCAAUGUUAUAACACAUAGGUACUAAUAUUAAAAUAUAGUUGAUGUAACGAU